GGACAAGUGACAGGGAAACAAAUGAAAAAAUAAUUUUAUUGCAGCAUCCAGCCCCUCCACACCUAAUUCUGAAAACAAAUAAAAGGUGGGAGGCUCACAUCAUUUAUUCUGCCUUCUGCAGCAUCAGCUCUGCAGCCAGGAUGAAUCUCUCUAUUUUGGCUGUGGUCCUCCUUGGGCUGGUCCUGACCCCAGCCCUUGCUGAGCAGCAUCAACAGACUGAGGUGAGCAAGAAAAUCUCCAUUGGUGGAGCCUACCAAAUCCUGACCAUCAAUAGGAAAUGGCUGGUGGCAAGCAUCGAGCAGAAGAGCAACCAUGGAUCCUGGAAAACCGUCUGGAACUAUGACACAGGCUUUAUGGCCACCAAAGUGCUGCCAGAGAGAGCUUGCUACCUUUCCAUAAUGAACAGAACAGAGAUGCCCAGCUUUGAUGCUCUCCCCCAGCUGGCUGCAGACAUCAGGAACCAGAAUCAUCCAAGAGCUCCUGCAAAGGAGAUCACCUUCACCCUCGUCAGGAGAAUUAUUCGUGACCUCGUUUCAUACGGACCAGACAUUUUCUACACGUGCAGGGGACUCUCAACUUUCGUGGCUUACCAAGUUCAGGGACCACAGCUCGACCUGGGAUCGUGCAUCAAACUCGAUGUCCUUCAGUACCUGGCCCUCACGUACUGCCACAAUGACAACUUUGUGUAAAUCAUACCUGUCCUCAUCCCAGCUGCAGCUGCUGUCCCAAACCAAUCCUGAGUUAUUCCCUGGCAUCUCCUCUUCCAUCACCUUCCUUCCUGAGGGUUUAGUGAAACAGAUCAAUUGGUGAGCAGAGCUAUCAAUUAAAUUCCUUAAUCACGGAUUAA